CCAUAAAACCUCAACCUUUAUUAGCCCUAGGGUUUCAUCUCCCGCCGCCGUCUCUCGUUCUCUCCUCUCCUCAGAUCGUUUCGAAGGCGAAGGCGACGAUCAAUGGGAGGUUUCAGGUUCCAUCAGUACCAGGUGGUGGGCAGGGUCAGAGCUGCUUCCGACUCCCUCGAUGAACACCCGAAGAUUCGCAUGAAGUUGUGGGCUACUAAUGAAGUUCGUGCCAAGUCCAAGUUUUGGUAUUUUUUGAGGAAGUUGAAGAAGGUUAAGAAGAGCAAUGGUCAAGUUCUUGCCAUCAACGAGAUAUUCGAGAAGAAUCCUACCAAGAUCCACAACUACGGAAUCUGGCUUAGGUACCAGAGCAGGACCGGCUACCACAACAUGUAUAAGGAGUACAGAGACACCACACUGAACGGUGCUGUGGAGCAGAUGUACACCGAGAUGGCGUCUCGUCACAGGGUCAGGUUUCCCUGCAUCCAGAUCAUCAAGACUGCGACAAUCCCUGCCAAGCUUUGCAAGCGUGAGAGUACCAAGCAGUUCCAUGACUCGAAGAUCAAGUUUCCUCUCGUCUACAAGAAAGUGAGGCCACCGACGAGAAAGCUUAAGACUACCUUUAAGGCUACUCGCCCCAAUCUCUUCAUGUAGAUGAGGAGUUUAGUUUCAUAACCAAACCAAAGAUUUUGCUUGAGAGCAGUGUAGUUUGAGUCAUCUGUUUGUUUUGGCCUAAACCUUGAACUUCAUUCUUGUUUGGUUGUUUGUUUGGAGAGAUUAAACAACUUAUGCUUAGUAUCUCUACAACAUUAGUAAUGGCUCUUCUUACGUUUUUGGUUGUUUGAUGGUAGAGAUUCAAGGGAAUUACUUCAUCUUAUCAUUGUUUGCAGA